AUAUAUAAAGAAAUAACAAUAAUAUUCGAUGGAAUUCCGUGAACGAUUGAAGUGCGUCAAGUACCGACGGCUUGAUCAAAGUGUUCGCUCUUUGAGACACCCCCGCUGCCAAAAUUACUUUCGCACCAAGGGUGACUAAUUGACUCUUCCCGGUGAAAUACCGGUGAGAUUAUGGGUUUAUUUAAAGACAACAAUUCCACUUCAGACACCUUAGAUCUGAGCUCGCACAAUCACUAUCCUCUGAACGACAAUUCCAUCGCUAGCACGUCCGGCCCGCAGGAAGUCGUAAUGAAGGAAAAAAGCAAGAAGGCAGCGCGUAUCCGCCGCGACAGGGAGAACCAAGAAUUUUUGGAGCUGGCAAAGUUGUUGCCCGUACCGGCGGCCCUCACGGGGCAAAUGGAUAAAGCCAGCGUUAUUCGAUUGACGACCAGUUACUUGAAGAUGCGAGCAUUGUUUCCAAACGGGCUCGGUGAAGAAUGGGGCGCUUCCCAGCCAGGCAACAUCUCCCUGCAAAUCGCCCUCAAGGAGGUGACUAGUUAUAUUUUGCAAGCUUUGGACGGUUUCGUGUUUGUCCUGGCUCCCGAUGGAAAAAUUAUGUACAUAAGCGAAACUGCAAGCGUGCAUUUGGGAAUGGCACAGGUGGAAUUAACGGGGAACAGUAUCUUCGAGUACAUCUACCAGAACGAUCAUGCUGAAAUGUUGUCGGUUCUAAAUCUACCACAGAGUCCAGCAGAUCUGGCUAGCUUCACUUCUGCGAACUCGAGAGGGGAGAUCGAGUUGGAACGUGUUUUUAUUCUGAGGAUGAAGUGCAAUUUGGCGAAGAGAUGUGCAGGACUAGUCACGGAAGGAUACAAGGUGAUACACUGUUCCGGCUACUUAAGGUGUGUCGUGGAAGGGCCAGUGGGGUCGGAAUACGAAGACGGUGCAGGCCGACACUGCAUUCGAAAAGUCGGUCUACUGGCAGUUGGCCAUUCCCUACCGGGACGUUGUCUAACCGAAGUCAAACUGUACCAGAACAUGUUCAUGUUUCGUGCAUCGUUGGACUUGAAGUUGAUCUUCGUCGACGCGAACGUGUCACAAUUGACCGGAUACGAUCCACCGGACCUCAUCGAGAAGACGCUGUACCAUUACGUGCACGGAUGCGACAUGAUGCAGCUGAGACACGCGCAUGGGACGCUAUUGUACAAGGGGCAAGUGAUAACCAAGUACUACAGGUUUCUCACGAAAUCCGGAGGAUGGGUCUGGAUGCAAUCGUACGUCACGAUUGUGCACAAUUCCCGAAGCUCUCGGCCACACUGUAUCGUGUCGGUCAACUACGUGUUGACGAAACCUGAGAACACAGAUUUGCUGUUGAAUUGCGAGCAAAAGUCGUAUUGCUCGAAUCCAAGCAAUCCGCCCAGCACCCCUUUGACGACACCGAUCACCAGCGGAACCGUCAACGAGUUGGACAAUCACAGUCCCAGUUCACCAGCGUAUCGAAGUAGAUCGAAAGAAUCACCCGAUAACGAUUACGCGAACGGUGGCACGUAUCCUAGACCGGAAUAUAUUGACCUGACGAAUCACAAUCAGUAUCUAUCGCCCUCUUAUCAACCCCAGAACGUAAACAGCAGCUCUCACGAAGAUAAUCUUAAAUACAACUCCGACUGGUUUUACCAAUAUGGAGACAUACAUCAAGAUUCUCUCGCAGCAACGAUACCGCAGCAACAAGAAGCGCAGCAUCCGCACCCUCUGCACCACGCCAACUCCCCGUCGAACCUGCAACAGCACAGUCCCCAGAACGCUCAACAGAAGCAUCAACACUCCCCUCAUCUACUAGAUCAUCCAACGCCUCCAGCAAGCCUGCCGCAAGCUCAACCGCAACCGCAACCGCAACCGCAACAACAGCAACCACCGCCGCAACAGCAACAGCACAGCCCUCAAAGUAGCCAACAGAACAGACCUUACUCUACCUCGUCGAGUUCCUGUUGCAGCACAGACGCAAUGGAUAAUCAUUUGCCGAGCCCUCUGAGUGUAUAUUCUUUGCCACACGGUUACCACCCUUACUACCACCACUACAUGCCCGACUCGGCCCCGUCUAAUUUAAACGAGGUCGGUGGCGUGAUCAUGUACCCUAAUUGUAGCCUUAACAACGAGGCGCACAACCCCGCUGCGAGCACCAGUAACUCGAACAACGUCCAGCAUUACGAAUCUUCGUAUCAACCCCACUUGAGCCAUUACAACACCAACAACAAUCCUACCAAACACUCCUAUCAUCAUCACCAAGAAGCAACGCCAACCAGUUACACAAGCGUGAUCGUAGACUCGCAACAGUACAGUCCAAGCUCUGUACAGGAUCUGAUCCAUUAUCAGCAUCAUUACGAAGCGCAUCAUCAGUUCGUUCACUGACACCAGCUAGACGCGGCUUGCGCAUAGCACGUCGACACCAAUUGCAACCACGACUCGCUGUGCUAUUGUGAUACGUCGUCCGAGGGAAACUAUCCUGGGGCAGAUAACGAUUUUAUGGAAGAACGGUCGAACAUCGUGGUCGAUCAACAUGGUGAUAAUGCGAGGAUUACGGGGAACGAUGAACACGAACAGGUUGUACAGGUGAAGGCCAAGAUUUGGUACUUUAAACCAUCGGAUUUCUGGAAAGUAAUGACUGGCUUGUAUUACACUGAAAACUCGUGAACUCGUGAAGUGAGAAAGUUAGAACACGUAAAGUGGGAAAUAUCCGUAAAGUGAAAUAUAUAAAACGGCGAAAACGUUGAAAAUGUUGAAAACGUUUGGCCAAGUACUGCCGAAUAUAAUUGCGUAAUGACUCUAAUGAGAAUAGAUGUACAGUCGAUAUAUCAUAAGGAAAUUGUAAUUGUUUAAGAAUUUACGAUUCCGAAGGAUUGCUAUGUCGUACGUAUGUAGAGUAUCGAUCUGGUGAUCUACCCCGAUAUUCGUUGAUCCGUUGAUCAUUGGAUCUGUUAUUCGUAUAUUCUUUAUUCACAUAUCAAGAUGCUUAACUUUCUUGUUCGAGGAAAUAUAGACAAUGGUAAUUGCGUUAAUUGCUUCGAGAUUAAUAUAAGUUAAGAUACGAAUAUUGUAACGAUUAAUUACGUUCGUAUUGUAACGAUUAGUUACGUUGUAUUAUUUCAUCAUCGGCCACGAAAAUGGAAUUUUCGUUUCGAAACGCCUCUUAACAUAUCCUUUAUUUAUACGUUCGUUAUAAUCGUUCAACAACCGCUAAUGAUAUUCAUUAAUGUUAGCUUAUCGAGUUAAGAGCUAACCUUCUCGAUCUUGUAUUGUUUGAUCAUGAAAAUUUCCAUUCGGAAUAUUUAACGAGCUUCUUAAUUUAACGAAUCCACGAAUUAAUUAUCAUAAACGGGACAGUCGAAUUCGAUUCGAGGGGAUUUCUAAACGAGUGUCAAAUUCGAAGUCAAAAACGAAUGAAAAAACAAAAAUCUAAUUCAAACGAAUCGAAGAACAAGGAAAGAAAGAAUUUCUUACUUCUGCAAAUUUUACACGCUGGACGUGAGUGAAUUAAAAUUUUUAAACGUAAGAAGUCCAAAAAAAAAAAAAAAAGAAAGAAUAUAAUAAUAAUCGUGUCCAUGGACAAAAAGAUUUUAUACGAUUUAAUUAAACGAACUCUUCUGUGCUGAUACAUAUACAAGGAGAAGAAAAUUACAGGCGCGUAAUACGUGUAAAAGGAAAGGGGGAAAAGCGAAUCGGAAAAAGAUCUAAAAAAAAAAAAAAAUGGGUAGCGCAUUCUGAGAUACUUAAUUUGUAGACAUGUACAUUGCAUAGUCGUUCAUAGCUCUUAAAACAAUUUAGUAUAUAAAUACGUUAGGUAUUUCUUAGAUAGACCCGAAGACUGACCGGUGCUUGUACCAACCGACCAAAGAAAUACACACGCCCUUCUUCUACACGAAAAAAAAAAAGAGAGAGAGAGAAAAAAAAUGGAACAAAUAUCACCUUUGUUACAUCUUAAAUCACGCGAUUUAUUUAAACACCGCGCGCGAUUCCCUAAAACCCGACUACUUAAUAAAUUACGACCAUAGAGUAUUCUGGCAAUCCCAGUUACAUUUUAAUCAUCGAAGUAUUUUAUUAUUGAACUUCUAGUAACUUUAUGAACAAUUGCUCGAGGCUGUUAGCUGCCACGAGGCUAAUCUCAUGUAUAAUACACGUGUACACAUUGCCAAUGCGAAACACUAUUAUUUAUAAUCGAUGUAAAUUAACGAUGGGUACGAUGAUCACCGCGUUGUACGAUAAUUACUUUAAGAGUUGUAAAUAUUGUAAAACUUGA